AUGGGUAAAAAAAAGUAUACGUUUGUUUUGAUACACUUCCUAUUGAUCAAGACUAGCCUUUUAUCGGUGAUAGCCCAAAAAAGAGUAAAUAAAAUAUGGCAACCUGACAAUAUUCGAGUAAAACGUCAAGAAGGAUAUGUUUACGAUAAACCAAGUGUUUCAUUCGAUUUACCUACACGACCAUCAACUGUUGCGACUGUCGUACCUUCUUCUGACAAAACGCAAUCACAGUACAUGUUUUAUGCAUAUCCAACUCCAACUAAAGGCCCAGAUGACACAGUCAAUAUAGGCUUUUCAACGACUGGCGCGACGACGGCAGGUACUGGAACGUUAGCGCCUGCAACCAUAGCAGCAGCAAACAUAGGAGUGUCAUCAUCUACUUCAGGAACAGUUGGCUACAAUUACGGAGCACCAAGACCUGGGUCACCUGGCCCACAAAGUGGUUUAUGUACGUCAGGGUAUAACUGCGAUUCAGUCAGUUCCAACACAGGGUCUACUCAAGCGUCAUCAUCUACUUCAGGAAUGACUGGUUACAAUUACGGAACAUCGAAUUCUGUGUCAACUGGCUCUCAAAGUGGUUUAUGUGCGUCAGGAUAUAAUUGCAAUACAGUCAGUUCCAACACCGGAUCAACUCAAUCGUCAUCACCUACUUCAGGCAUCACUGGUUACAAUUACGGGACACCGAAUCCUGUAUCAACUGGAUCUGAAAGUAGCUUAUGUACGUCAGGGUAUAACUGCAAUACAAUCAGUCCCAAUUCAGGAGCUACUCAAGUUACAGGAACCGUUUCCACUAACGCCCCUUCAUAUCUACCUCCAUUGUCGACAGGCAGCGGAUCAACAAGUAAUGCUGGAGUAUCUGUUAAUAGACCAUCUAGUCCCGGGUCUACAGUGAGUUCUGUGUCGAUUCAAACUGGGGCCAAUACCGUGCAGCCUAUCCCCAACAACGUUUUGACGGUUAAACCUGGAGAUAGUGGUUAUUUGCCGCCCUCGUCUCCGUCACUCGGAACUUCUCCAGGACGUACAUCGAGCCCACCUUCAACACCAGUAAUACCUUCUGAAUAUUUACCCCCAGUAUCGCUACCCGGAGCGGGUCCUACGACCACUGUCUCUACUCCCGCAUCCACAUAUUUACCACCAGUAUUUUAA